CACGACGGCAUCCGCCCAGUGAUCCUGCGCCGACACUCUUCCUCUGACCUGGCCAAGCAGAAGUUUGGCACCAUGCCCUUGAUCCCUCUGCGAGGAGACAGCACCAACCCCACCAUGCUCUCUGCUAACCAGACUUUGCACCGUCUGCAUACGCGGAGGACGUUGUCCAUGUUCUUUCCCAUGAAGAUGCACCAGGACUCUCUGGAGGAGCAGCACGAGGGAGCCGAGCCGGAGCCCGUCUACGAGGAAGUGGGGAGCUUCCCCAUUGGGGGGUUCCUGGAGCUGAGUCCUUCCCUGCUGCCUCCCGUGGAUCGGACCAAGAAGCCCGCCCCCUCCUCCGACCCAGCACCGCCCAGCUCCCUGCCCCCCUGCCCCGCCCCGAGAGCAUCGGGGCCGGACUCCGCAAAGGCCCCCUCCCUCGAGAGGGGCCUGUGGCUAGAGCCGGACAAGGCCACCAUGAUCAGCAGACUCCCCAGACACCGGGGGGUGACUCACAGCGGCGCUGCGGACAGGACAGCCGAGCCACCCUCAAGGGCGCUUGCCCCCAGCAGGGAGCAGGCGCCAGCGAUGCCAGCCCUUCCUCCAGAGACGCCGCCUGCCCUGGGCACUCACGCCGGCGAGACGAGGAAGAAGAACGUCUCGCUCGGCGACAGGCUCAUGGAGGAACUGAGCACGGCCAUCUUGCAGAAGAACGAAUGCCAGGCCCCUCUGGCGCCGGGACUGCUGGACCUCUCCCCAGCGGCUGGGGGCCGAGAGAAGCUGCAAGGGUCCGGCCCUUCCUAA